AUGAAUUACAUUUUGAGCAAGAACUUGCUAAUCUUGUUCCUACUUUCAUGUGUCGGUGCUCGAGCGUGUUUUCUUGAUAGGCCAGUUACAGUUACGGUUACUGAUUCUCUUCCUCAAGAUUCUCCGUCGUUGAGAUUGCACUGUGCGUCCGGCGACAAUGAUCUCGGUUAUCACACUCUUACUAACGGGCAGAAUUUUCACUUCAAAUUCUGCGCCUUCGAGACGACUCUCUUCUUUUGCCAUCUCUGGUGGAACGGCAAAGACCUCGCUUUCGAUGUCUUUAAGAAUAACUCGAAUCGCGAUAAAUGUCCCCAUAGACAUUGCAAUUGGGAAGCAAAAGCCGAUGGCAUAUAUCUCAAUGGCAUGCAAAAGUAUAGAUGGUAA